AUGGCGAUCGACGCACAAAAAGUCCACGCCAAACUAUCCGCUUUGAACGCCUCCCUCGAUGAUCUUGAAGCUCAGCUUGAACCGCUAUUCGCACAGACCCUCCCCGAAACUGUUGUUGGGUUGGAAACCGUGCAGCAGGCGAAGCUGCAGGUCACCCUCCCUUACCUCCUGUACGACUUGAUUUUCAUUUACCUCAGAACGCGCGGUUUAGACCCUAAAUCUCAUCCCGUCAUUGCUGAACUGGACCGCAUACGCCAGUACUUUGACAAAAUUAAGAAUGCUGAAGAGCCACCUAAAAGUACCCUCGUUGUUUGUCCUUCCCUCCGACUGGCAGCUGAUCAGACUCGCUUCCAAGAAACCGUAGAGAUUGACAAGGCCGCCGCCAAUAGAUUCAUCAAGCACGCAAUUGCGCAAGUCAAAGCUCAGCGUCCGCCUGGAGAUACCGAAGGACCUUCUAACGUGAGCGGCAACAAGGCCAUUCGGGUCCCAGUCAAGGUGACAAGUAAGAUGGCUGCCCGUGCGCAGUACGAGAAGGAGCUAGCAGAGCAAGGAAGCGAUGGAGAGGAUGAUAACCUUGAAGUCAUUGAUGAUGUGGCAGAAGAAGACAUGAGGGCCAAUAUUCCCACACAAGAUACUAAAGGCAAGGGGAAAGCAGUUGAGUACAGUACCCCCGAAACUGCGCCUGGUCGUAAGCGCAGACGACCACCAGUGGAUCCCUUUGCUGGUUACGGUGAUGAACCCGAACAACUGUCGCAAGCAGUCCAGCCUACCCAGUUAACCAAAGCAGAGGCAGCUACAACCUCUAUCUCGACGCCUGAUAACAGCGGUCAAAGUACACCUCAGCUGCUAACAUCAGAUUCGGCGAAGGAUAAAAAAUCUGCCAAAAAGGCAAGAAAAAAGGCGAAGAAAAGAGAAUCUCUAGGCUGA